AUGCUUUUAAUCCCGGCAUUAAUCGCAUGCCUAUCGCUAUGCACUGACGGCCUGUAUUUGUUGCGGUGCGGCCUUUCGGGCACCGGUAACCGUAUCAUUGGUGGUGAGGCUGCCCAGCCGUUGUCGUGGCCCUGGAUGGUCAAAGUGCUGGUCAACUCGACCACACAUAAUAGUAGUCAACCCGCGUGGAGAACCGAGUCGUGCGGGGGUUCGCUAAUCAGCGACCGGUGGGUAAUGACUGCCGCCCACUGUUUUGAAUUGGAUGCGGGCUAUAAGGUGUCCGAAAUUGAUCUCACUUUGGGCGUCACCGACACCCGGGUCUACGAGUGGACAAAAGUGACCCGUUAUGGCGCUGACUAUAAAGUACACGAGAAAUACAACCAUACUACAAUGGAAAACGAUAUCGCCUUGAUCAGAUUAAACAAGCCAUUAGACCUGGAUGGUUAUCAAAAUUUUCUGGAGCCCGUAUGCCUACCGCUGCCGGGCCUGAACCCGGACACCAGUAAAUGUGUGGCCACCGGAUGGGGCCGUACGGUAACCGGCGGUGAUAUAUCACCCGAUUUACGGGAAGUAGCUCUACCUCUAAUACCUGACGAGAUCUGUGGUCGCGCGUAUCCUAACGGUUCACAUCCGGGUACAAAUUUUUGCACCGGCUAUCCGGAGGGCGGCAAAGAUAUUUGCCAAGGUGACAGCGGUGGACCCCUAAACUGCCCCCUUCGCAAUGGUGUUUGGGUGGCUUAUGGUGUCACCUCGUUUAGUGGUGACAACUGUGGCGCUGCCCUCAGUCCCAGCGCUUUUACCAAAGUGUCCGCUUACGUGUCCUGGAUUGAGUCCAUUAUUCAUAGCUAUUAA